GGGCCGGUAUAUCAUCACCGUCGGUAUGUAUCACAGUAGCACGCAGCGCAGACACUGGACCUUCUGCAGCUGGCAGGAGCUGGAGAGGUGCCGGGAGGAGGCCAACCGCAACUUCCACAGCAAGGCUGCGGCGACUGGGAAGGUCCAGCAGAACGACCUUCGGCUUCUGAGGCCUCAUGAGGAGCUGGCGAUAUGCAAGCACUACGAAAAGCGGCUGCUGGACUUCUGCUCCGUCUUUAAGCCUGCCAUGCCGAGAUCCGUGGUGGGAACAGCUUCCAUGUAUUUCAAACGUUUUUACCUCAAUAACUCAGUGAUGGAGUAUCAUCCUCGGAUAAUAAUGCUGACAUGUGCAUUUUUGGCCUGUAAAGUGGAUGAAUUUAAUGUGUCCAGUGCACAGUUUGUUGGUAACCUUCGAGAAAGUCCUGCUGGACAGGAAAAAGCUCUUGAACAAAUACUGGAAUAUGAACUACUGCUUAUUCAGCAACUGAACUUUCAUCUUAUUGUCCAUAAUCCAUACAGGCCAUUUGAGGGAUUUCUAAUCGAUCUAAAGACUCGCUAUCCAGUGCUGGAGAAUCCUGAAGUUCUGAGGAAAACAGCUGAUGACUUCCUCAGUCGGGUGGCUCUGACAGAUGCAUACCUGCUCUUCAGUCCCUCACAGAUAGCUCUUGCUGCCAUAUUAUCCAGUGGUUCAAGAGCAGGAAUUAAUAUGGAAAGUUAUUUAUCAGAAAGUCUUAAGCUGAAAAAUGACAGAAUAACCCUAGCCAAGCUACUAGAUGGCAUAAAAUGCAUGAACAGUCUUAUAAGGAAAUAUGAGCUGCCAAAGUCUGAAGAGGUUGUUGCCCUAAAACAGAAACUGGAGAAGUGUCACAGCUUGGAUCUUUUACUUAAUACAAACUCGAGGAAGAGGAAAGGUUAUGAAGAUGAUGAAUAUGUUGCAAAGAAAUGUAAAGUGGAUGAGGUUGGUUCAUCUACUAAUACAUAUGCAUCAGGGAUUGCUCCAUCAGUCCAUUGCGACAUCAGCCUCUUCUGUGCUUGCGCAGCCCCGUCUGGUGGUCGUCCUGAUGAAUUAAGGAGUCUUCCUCAGAUGAAGUAAGGAGUCUUCCUCGUUUUGUCCUUCUCACCUUUCAGCCUCUUGGGACAGGCCCCAGUCAUUUUGUGGACGUUAGCAUUCUCUUAUCUUCACUUGGCUGCUUCUGGUAUACCUGGGUUCUACUUGGAUAUAGCUCCACAGCACAUUCCUUCGUACACUCCCUGUUCUGUAUAUGGUUAUGUUGGUUUCUACUACUAAAACUACGGAGUUACUAAGGUACCGGAUGGUACAGCUAUUGCUGAGUUUACAAAAUAGCUGGGAUACAGAAUAACAAAGCCUCAGCCUUUUUAUGAGAUGUUGCAUCUUUGCUGCUCUGUACCCCAACCACAUAUAAAGCCCACUAUUGAUUCAUAUACCUUUUGAAUAUAAUUAUUUCGACUAUGCUUUCUGCUAUGCUAUAUGUUUACUCCAUCACAAAACUCCACUCUUCCUUAAUAUCAAAAGAGGGAAGCUUUAUGAUAGAGCAACCACACAGAUUUAUGGGGUAAAAUUUUUACCGUUCUCUAACAUUUCCCCCCUUUGAAAAUACUUCACAUUUAGCAAGUAUUUUCGCUUUCGUCUACCUAUUAGGAAGCAGCUACUCUCUGCUGCGUCUAGGCAGCUGUCUCCAAAUAAGCGGGUGGGGGUCUUGGGUUUUUUGGAUACUCUCUUGUUGCUGCUCCUAUGAUUUGAUGAGUCCAUGCAUUGUUGUGGGUCAUUUCCCUUCGGAUACGAAGACACAUCAUUUGAUGAUACAUCUGAUGUAUCUGUGUAUCUGAAGAGAAGCAGCCAUUAUCAAUUUUGUUUCCCCUUUGUUUGAACUCUGAUCAUAUAGUUUGUUUUCAAUCUCAACUUCUGAUUCCCGUUCGUUUUGCAGUUGACUUUUGUUUUUGCUAUCAAAA